AAGAGGGAGAUGCGGAACCUGAGUGAAGAGUGCAAUCUGGAGCCCGUUACUGUCUCCAUGGCUUAUGUUUACUUCGAGAAGCUUGUCCUCCAAGGCAAACUCAACAAACAGAACCGCAAACUGUGUGCUGGUGCUUGCGUUCUGCUUGCAGCCAAGAUCAGCAGCGACCUCAGGAAACAUGAAGUUAAACACCUUAUAGAUAAACUCGAAGAGAGAUUCAGAUUCAACAGAAGAGAUCUCAUUGGGUUUGAAUUCACCGUCCUUGUAGCUUUGGAACUGGCUCUCUAUCUUCCCGAAAACCAAGUUUUACCUCACUACAGACGGCUCACACAACAGUCUUAACCAAAGCCACGCUCCAGCGGACAGCCAGCGGCGCUGGGGAUUGCAUUGCUGAACGCUGCCGGUGACGUUGCCACUGGCCUCUCCGUGCCGUUGCGUCAUCCUGCCGCGGCUACAGCUCGUUUUGAAGCCUGCAGCGUGUUAUUAAACUGUUGAGGUGUGCAUUACGGACACGUAUGCCAAGUCUGGGGGAUGGUACGAGAAGAGUUAUUGAACUUUGUUUUUUUCUUUUGGACAGUUAAAGCACAAAAUAUUCACCAGUCAGCUGUCACAGCUGCUUAUUAUUCCUUAUUUAUCUUUUUGGGUUUACUAAAACUGUUCUUCCGUAUGAAGAAUACUAUGGUAUUGUUUUGAGGUUGUUUGGUUUUGUUUGGUUUUGGGGUUUUUUUAAAAGCCUUUAUUAUAUUCCUUGAGACUAAAGGAAGCAUCACUUCCAUUCCAGUGCACC